AUGGUUAACGGAUUCGAUGGAAGCAUGGUUGAUUUGUUGAAGAAUAAGUUCGGAUUCGAUGAGGCUUUCAAUUACAAAGAAGAGCAGGACCUGAAUGCAGCUUUACAAAGGUACUUUCCCGAAGGAAUUGAUAUUUACUUUGAAAAUUUUGGUGGAAAGAUGCUUGAUGCAGCACUACUCAAUAUGAGACUCAGUGGACGCAUUGCUGUGUGUGGUAUGAUCUCACAGUACAACCUAGGCCAACCUGAAGGAGUAUAUUAUUUAGCGAAUAUUAUUCUGAAACGUAUCAGAAUGGAAGGAUUUCUAGUUUUUUAUUACUAUCAUCUCUAUCCAAAGUACUUGGAAAUGGUCCUGCCUAAAAUCAGGGAAGGGAAGAUUAUAGAUAUGGAAGACAAAGCUGAAGGGCUAGAGAGUGGUCCAGCUGCCUUGACAGGGCUAUUUGUUAGAUGUAAUGUAGGAAAGCAGGUGGUUGUGGUUGCCGAUGAAUGA